AUGGCAGUUACUAGCUUGUGUUUGUGUCUGCAACUUCUUUUGUGGUAUUCAAGUGCUGAACAGCUAAAUGAACCAGAUAUUGAACAAGAAAGUUAUAAUGACAAUGAUAAUACAACAAUGAAUGGUCCAGUUAUAUUCCAAGAUCCAUUUCUCUAUUAUUUGGACUACAAGACAGUGCAUGUGAACUGUUCUGUUUAUGGAGAGUCUCCAUUUGAAGUCUCAUGGUUGUAUAGUACUGAUGAGAUAUCUAAUAGAUCCAGUGACUACACUAUCAUCAGUGGUAGUAAAGUGUCUAAUAUUGUGUACAGUCCUAACUCUGAUGAUGAAGGAUAUGUGUGGUGGAACAGUUCUCUUCUUUUAAAUCCAAUUAAUAACUUAACAGUUGGAUAUUACUACUGUAGAGCCAACAACUCAUUUGGUCUAAUGUAUUCAAAACCAGUUUAUAUCAGAAAGACUUAUAUGCCAAGGCUAAACUCCAGUUGUACAAGUUUUGUUAGUGAUG